AUGCCUCCACUCCCCGCCUCGAAGGGAAACACGGAGGAUGAAGUGAAGCGAUCGGAGGAAUUCUUGAACCAGCUGAGCUUGGGAAGCACAGCCACCGGGACCCCGCUGACCCGCGAUACUGCGCGGUUCGAGGCCAGCCGCUCUAGAUCGGGGUCUGCAUCGCGACAUCCGGAAGCAGAGGUGCCUGGAGAUGGAUGUCAUCUCUUAGAAGAAGAGGAGAACCAAAUGUACCAAGAGAAGAACUACCACAUCAAUUGGAUCGCAUCAGUUCGUGAAGAGAUGCGCGAUUUCUUGACCAUUUUCAUGGGGAAAUUGCAGAACACAGGGGUGCUGAACACGCUUCUCUUCGGCAUAUCGACAGGUUUCCUUUGUGAGGGCGAGCUGGAUAGAAAUGCACCAGAUUCUCUGGCAUUUGCAUAUUACAGCUUGCUGAUUAUCAGCAUGCUGUACUUUGGCUGCUCAAUCCUUUUCUGCUUCAUUGGGCUAGCAAUCGCUUGUGCAGAAAGUCGCAGGUUCCUUCUGAAGUUCGUGCCAGAUGUUCACGAUGCUUACAACGUUGACUACAUCACGAAGCUUCUCCAGUGGGAAGGCAAGGGCGAAGCAUUGCGUGUCCCGUUUGUGAUGGAGCCCCGUCGUCUUGCAGAGAAGAAAGAGAAGCAGAAGCAGGCAGGCGCCACCGAGGCGAACGCAGCAAAGGAGGACUUCUACGAUCACUUUGAGAGCAUGAUGCACGAGUUCAAUGAGCCAACAGAGGUGGAGUAUCUGCGCAAGGGUGGGACGACCACCCGCUUCUGGGAAGGCAGCCCUACCAGUGCCGAGGGCGACGAAGAGAUGGGAGAAGGAGAGCGACUUGAGAACAGCUUUUAUGAGCUCAUCGGAAGUUACAGCCUGCUUUGGGACUCUUGCUCCAUGGCAAGCCACAACUCGAUGUUGGUGGGCGUGUUUGCCUUAUGGCAAAGCUUUUCGUACUAUUUGUUUGGCCACGACAUGAACCGAUCAUUGCAGGCUCGACUAGGCAUGUAUGUCACCACCACGAUCGCUAGCCUUGCCCUCGGGGGUCAACUUGGCCGGCUGCUGACCGUGAAGACCGAGCUGGACAGGAAGGAGCACGGCGCAGGCGAGGAGUGUUUCGACCCAGGACGCAAACUGAAGCAUUGGGUUCUUAAACUACUUAUGAUUCUGGCACCAGCUCUGGUGAUGAGUGGUGCUCUUUGCGCAACUGAGGUUCUGCUGGUCCAAGGGUAUUUGGCUCACGGAGCUCUGCAUGCUUACUUGGCGGUGUUCCUUUUCCGAGCUUUGUGCAAGUUGCCCCAGCAAAGCGGCUUGCCGCCGGCGCACCCCGAGAAGAUAAGGCGAUUGCGAGGCAAGGGCUAUGGAAGCAAGCAAGCUGAUCUCGAUCGUGGCGAGGCCGGGCUGGAGCCACGAGAGUCGCCAGAGCCGAUGCUUCGCCAGCUCCUUUUUGAGAGCGAGAAGAAAGCGAUGCAGACAGCCAUGUUCAUGAAGAGACUGUUGCUCAAGAGCCACCUCGUAGCUUGUCUGCCCUGGGCUUGGUUGGCGCUGGGAGCUUUCCAGGCUAUGGCAGUCGAGGUUGGCAAUGAUUCAGAGGUCGACGUGACCGAGGUGAACGUGACUUGGGGCUCACAUGCCUUCUUCAGUGCCCGUUCGAUGACGUGCUCGCUAGGUGGCCAAGUCUGGCUUGCCAGCGACGACGGCGUGUUUGCGAUUGCACGUGGGGCAGACGGCGGUGGUGUGGAAAGUAUCGAUUGUCCAGCUUUGCCUCUUGAUGAGAACGUGAAGGAUGUUUCCGCUUUGUGCUCGGAAUCAAGCUGUUGGCCUGCAGUGCUUGGAUCAAGCGGAAAGCUUUACAGCUGCAAUCCCGACCCAGACGGAGCCAUAAACCCCUUUACAGAGCUGCCAGGAAUCUCUGGUUUUGCUUUGGCAGGUGAGGGUUUCUAUGUUCGGAAGAACAACAGCAUCCUUCACUUCCCAGCCCGAACGUCUGUGGCUCGUCCACUGCCGGGUCUCAUUGGCUUUGACAUCCUUCCCAAUGCUGGAGGGGAGGACCUCUUCCUUUUCUCAGCAGACAGGGCAGCAAGCAUACAGCUGAGGAGUGCAGCAAAUGGUGAGCUGCGGAAGUGGGCGUUGCCUGCCCAGCUGCCUCCCUUGCGUGCGGCUUGUGCGAUCGCCCCGACUGCAGUACUGGCUGCGGUGCAGGAUCCACGUUCAGAGGAGGUCGAGCCAGAGGUUGCAGAUCCACAGAAAUGCCGCGAGGACGUGCAGAUCAAGCAACCGCCUGGUCCAUCUCCAAAACAGGAGUUUAUGGAGUUCCGGCGGCGAACGUAUACCGCGCCUGGGAGCGAAAUGACCCAGGUGGGCCGGGUUAGCCGCCCCUCUGUCGACUUGUGCGACUCGGAUGAUGCAAAACACGAAGAGGUUGUGAUCUCCGGCCCGUUGCAGCAACGUUUUUGGGGCUUUUGGUGGAGAUGGAGGUGGUGUGUGCUUAAGGGCUCAACCAUGUACAUCUACCGAGACGAGGCGUCUCAAGAAGAGGCCCUGCGGACGGCAGAGUUUGAUCUGCUGAGGCAGUUGCAGAAGGCUGUGCGCACAGUGAUCCUGACAGCAACGGUCAGCAACAGGCAAGGCCGUCGCUCUGCUCUUGCAAUACCCUGUGUUAUCGUCAUUUGGAUGCUACAAUGGUCGGUCUUCAAUGCCGUAGCCAUUUUGAGUUCAGUGAUGAGUUCGUCCUGCUUCGCAUUGUCACUCGACAUCCCAGAAGUGGACAUGUCUGCCUCGACUGAAGGAUUGGGGAUUCCACAGGAGAGUCAGGCUGUACACGAGCUGAUGGCUGUGACAUUCCAAGAAGUGGCUAGGAAUGGCUGCGACAUAAGCAAGGCAGAAUCCUGGCUUGGGUCUUUGCAAUCGUAUGCCAAGGCACGAUCAGAGAGCAAGCAGAACACGGCUAUACAGCACAAUGCUGAGAUCAUCAAACAGCAACUCGGCAAACAGAUAGAGGAUCUGCGGGAGCAGAAAACACAGGAAGAGAAGCAGCUGCAUGGCACCAAUGGGCAGCGGCGACCGAAGCGGAAAGGCGCUGAACAGGAUGACGACAAAGAAAACCGUGCUCCAAAGCAGCAGGCUCCGAAGCAGCAAGUGCAUGAGCAAAAACCGGUACAGGAGGAGGUGCAUGAGGAGAAACCGGCACAGGAGGAGGUGGUACAGGAGAAGGAGGAAAGCCCCAGUGGCCCGAGCGGCUUUCCGGCAGCCUCGGCGGGUCGUCGUGGAGGCCGAGGCUCUGUUCCACAAUCCUAUGUGGUACAUCGGGCACCUGUUGAAAGCCGUGGAUGCCAACGGCAUCCACUUCUACAAUGUCGGAAGAACUAG